AUGUCAUCACCUCCGGCAACAUCGCCAAAAACAGCAGAAUCCAAAUCGAAGCGCGCUCGCCCCACCAAAUCAUGCCUCGAGUGUCGUCGGAAGAAGCUCAAAUGCGACCGUACUCAGCCGUGUAUGCAAUGCAAGAAACUGGGCCGAGAAGCUCUCUGCACCUAUGCCUUUGGACCCGGUACGCCCGCCGGAGAAGGGGCUGAGAACGGCGAACGAAUGGUCAAGAGACCUAGAGUAGAGGUUUCUAACCUUGCCAGUUGGGGAAAUGGGGAACAAGUCAUUCCUUCACAGGUCAGAAGCAAUGAACACCUGACCCAAGAUCCACUGGCCGUUCGAGAAAGGACGGUAGCUGGUGAGAGAAAAUCGCCAGCGCCCUCUGGAAAGGUCUAUAUUCAAGGCUCAAGAUCGAAGUAUGUUGGACUUGGGAAUCAAAGGGCUUUACUUGACCAUUUCGCAGAUGAGAAAAGUUUCUUGUAUGCUAGUUUCCGCGAUAGUGAAGUGGCUGCUACAAUGACCGAAAUCUCAAAAUACCACAGUAUUCUGAACCCUAAGAUCAGAUCUGUCGGCCAGUAUUCUCUUAGCGAAGCAAUGUUCUCACAAAUGCUGCAAGCAUUGCCAGAUAACUCAACUAUCAAUUCGUUGGCCAGGAAAUACACAUCCAACCUAGAAAACGUUUUGAGGGUAGUCCAUAUUCCCGAGUACACGAAAGUUUGCUGGGAAAUCACGAUUAUGCGCCAAAAUCCAACUUCAAGGAGGCCAGCUCAUAUUUCCGAGGCUACUCUUGCUCAGCUACUGGCCACGUUGACGAUUUCUUCUCGUUUGAGCGAUACGAGCGAGGCAGGAGUGCAGCAGCUUCCCGAAGCUUUAAUAUCUCAGUAUCUUGAGCUAGUCAAGUGCUGGCUUGAGGGCUUAAAGGGAAAGCAGCGGAUUACCCUACCUGUCAUUCGAGUCGAAACACUCUUACUCAUUGCAAAUAUGUACAAAAUGAAGCCGCUUCCACAGCUGUGGAAGGAUUCUGGAAGUCUCGUCCGCGUCGGUAUGGUCAUGGGCCUUCACCGAGAUCCGGAAAGCAUUGUAGGGAUGUCACUCUUCGAGAAAGAGCAGCGAAGAAAGAUUUGGCAAACAAUUGUUGAACUAGAUUUGCAGUUCUCGCUUGCUAUCGGAUUGCCUCCUGCAAUUCAAUCGACCGAUUUUAGCUUGAAGCCGUUGCUGAACAUCGAUGACGAGGAUCUGACGGAAGGUAUGAUAGAAUACCCGAAUCCUCAACCACAAUCUAUUUGGACAGACGCCUUGCCACAGAUCAUUCUUGCAUCGUCCCUAAACGAACGACUUGAUACAGCAAAUAUCCUUGCCAGAAACAUCGACAUUGACAACGAUGCAGAAGAUAUCCUUUCGAGAGCCAAAUCACUUGAACAAAAUCAUCAAGCGCUGCAAGGUACUUUACCGCCACGUACAAAACCUCGGCAUACACUCUUCUCCAAUAUCCUUCUCGACGUUUUCAUUAGAAGAUAUUCUCUAGCGCUGUACAGAACAGUCACUUUGAGUGAACAGGGAUCGAACUUCCUGGAAACACGAAAAGGAAAUCUCAGAGGAUGUGUUGCGAUUCUUUCUCACCUAGAUGCUUUGGAUCCGGCCGUUGCUGAUCUUGACACUAUAAAGUCGAAGAACUAUCUAAACGUGUUUCACAUCCUGUGUAAGAACGAUAUUAACCAAGCUGCGCUGCUUCUAUGCUACGAGAUACGUUCAUUCAGAACUCCCGGUCGAGAACAGUCGAGCAUUCAUGAUGAAUCUACGCCAUGGACUAAACAUAGUCUGACAAGAAUAGUUGAAAACACGUUGAAUGGUUACCUGCAGAGAAUUGGAGAGUUUGGAAGCGAUCUCAAAGUCAUUCUACCCCUUUCGAUUGUUCUUCAUUCUGUCAGAUCGGACGGAACAUCAGAAGGUCAAAGAAGGCUUAUGAUUCAAGGAAUAGAGCGCGUUCUUCUUGCCUGUCGAAAAGCUGUCCCUGACGCUCGCGUUUCGUGGGAUUACAGCCCUCACCCGUCGAACGCUCACACCCCGAAUAGUCAGAUGCUCUCAACACCUUCCAUGCAGGAAACCACAAAUAACGUGGGAUCUCAUCUCAUGCCACAACACUAUGCCGACGGAUCGCUUCCGCUUGACGACAUGUCAGUUGACAGCCUCCAAUUCCAGAAGUUCGAUUUUGGACUCUUGGACUGGGAUUUUGGUCAGUCCUGGUCUUGA